AUGGACAAUCAGACAUUUCCAGCUGGAUUUUACAUUGUUGGAUUUACAAAUGAUGCAAAUAAAAAAAAGACCUUGUUUAUUGUAUUUUUAUUUAUAUAUUUAAUUGGAAUAGUAGGGAAUUUAAUAAUAAUUACAGUAAUAUAUUUGGAUUCUCACUUACAAACACCUAUGUACCUCUUCCUAUGUAACCUGUCAUCGGUGGACAUCUGCUACACCACAGUCACCCUCCCUAAACUGAUGGACAUGUUAGCAACUGAACAUAAUUCAAUAACCUUCACACAAUGUUUCACUCAAAUGUACUUCUUCAAUUUCUUGGCUACUACAGAAGUUUUCUUGUUGACAGCAAUGGCUUACGAUCGUUAUGCUGCUAUCUGUUUCCCGUUACAAUAUUACCUUAUUAUGAACAGGAAAAAAUGCACCUGUAUUUUAAUAAGCGUCUGGGUAUCUGGGUGUAUGAAUUCAUUGUUCUUCAGUGGUUUUGCUUCAACUUUAACAUUUUGUUAUUCAAAUAAGAUACAGCACUUUUUCUGUGAUGUUAAACCUCUGGUAAAAAUCUCCUGUAGCAACGGUAUAUUUUAUAUUGUAAUGUAUGUAGAAACCGUUUUUCUCGGUAUUUUCCCACUUUUUCUUUCCUUAACAUCUUACGUCAAAAUAAUCUCCAGCAUUUUACAAAUAAAAUCUGUUGAAGGUAGAAAACGAGCUUUCUCAACGUGUACGUCGCAUCUAACAGUCCUUUUCAUCUUCUAUGGAACCUUCCUAUGGAUGUACAUUAGGCCAACAUCAGAUGAUUUAGAUAAACAGGAUGUAGUGAUUUCUGUUCUGUAUACAGCAGUGACUCCCAUGUUAAACCCUUUAAUAUAUAGUCUACGGAAUAAAGAGAUGAAGAGUGCCAUGGUGAGACUUGUUAAGGUUAUAAAAUUUAGAAUUUCUGUACGAUAA